GCAGUUGAGGGUGACUGUGAUGUUAAACUGCAGAAGGUGAAUGGGAUAUUAUCUGUACUCGCUAGCAAAUGCCACUCACAUGCAGACUCCCGUGAAGACGUUAGCAAAGUCUGCCCUGACUGUCCCCUGCUGGCAAAUCUGAACGACACAGACGUGUUAGAAGCAGUGUCAGCUGCACUCAAUGACUACAACAGCAAAACCACUGGUCCUUACCUCAGGCUCCUCGAGAUUGGAAGAGCUGUAAUACAGUAUCACCCAGUGCACGUUGUUGUUACUGAGUUUGCUGUGGGUGCCACGAACUGCUCUGGAGAAGAAGCUAAAGCCAAUGUGGGGGCUUGUCAGCUGCUGCCCGAGGAUCAGUCUGUGAGUAUGGCAGCACGUCAGCCCCAAUCUCCCUAGCUCUGAAGUAGAAAA